AUGACGACAGAAAUACCACAUGGUCAAAUGGGCCGAUGUGUGCGCCCCAAGGACCUUGGGGGCAUAGGGAUUAUCUCCUCGCGCCACAUGAACGUGGCCCUCAUGUUGAAAUGGGUGUGGAGGAUCCUGUCUGACGACGGGGGCUUGUGGCUUAAGCUGAUUAAGGCUAAAUACCUACGGGGUCGGCCACUCCUUGCUUGUGACCGCCGGGAGAGAUCUCAGUUUUGGAGAGCCCUCGAGGACAUCAAGCAUGAGAUUAGAGCAGGACUCUCCCUCUCCAUAGGCGAUGGUAGAGGGACCAUGUUCUGGCUCGACCCAUGGCUUGGCGACCGCCCCCUGAGUCUUGACUUCCCGGACCUCUUCGCCAUUUGCGCUAACCCCUCUAUCCUUGUUGCCGACGUGGCGCAUGAGGGAUGGGGUAUUUUGUUCCGCCGCGGUCUCACCCAGGGGGAAGCCCUGAGUCUGGCCUCGCUGCGGGACCUCCUCCCGGACGUUCUGUCGGGGGGAUUAGAUGCGCCUUCGUGGAGCUUAACGCCUUCCGGCUCGUUCUCCGUGCGGACGGCCUACAUGGCCAUGUUUAGCGGGCCUCUGCUUCCCUGGACGGCCCCGCUUUUUAAGACUCCUAUCCCGCUUAAGACGAAGAUUUUCUUAUGGCAGUUGCUUAGGGUGUGUUUGGUAGCCCGGGUCAACAGAGAAUCCCUCUCUCCCCUUAUACAUGCUCAGCUUAGAUAUGAUGAGCUGAGAUUGUGGCGUGUGUUUGGCAGCUCGUCUGUCCUCAUACCAGCUGAGUAG